GUAACUUCUCGUUAUUUUAUUUUGAAAACCAAAACAACAAGCGCGUAUACCGGAAGCUUUAGCAUUCGCAUCAAAGAUCGUAAGUUGUGAGGAGAUAACACAGCGGCUACUUUUUUGUCUCUGUACAUUUAUACAUAUAUUUCUGUGUUUUCCCGCCUCUGCAGCGCAGUUUGAUGGCAGCAAAAUGAAGGUCCGUCAUUGUUUCGAUCAUUUUAUUUGUAAUGUUCAAUAUAUUCAGAGGAGGAUGGGCGGGAGAGAAUAACGCGGCGGUGGUUUGGGUGUCUGGGUUUCGAUGAGAGUGAGCGCUCCUCUCCGUGUGUCCUCCUCUCUGGCUCCGUGGUCUCCGGCCGGUCGAUCCGCUCAUUGACCGCAGACAGCGGCCUCCCGCCGGCUUCACUCAGCGACAGCGACCCGAUACACUCUGGAUGUUUGAGCCCAGCAUGCGUUCAGCUGCGGACGACGUCAGCUCCGGUCAGCAGCUCUCCCGGUUCGGUUUGUUGGUUCCACUCAUAAAGACUCGAAGCCGGUCGGCAGAGGACGGGUUGAUGCUCCGAGCGGAACCAGGAUCUGUCCUGUGAGGUCGAUUCGACAGAGAAACCUCGUCUAACAACCAUCAUGGCUCCUCACCCGGCGGUCCAGGCCGUCAUCGACCUCUCUGCGGGCGCCGUGGGGGGCGCUGCAUGUGUCUUCAGCGGGCAGCCUCUGGACACGGCGAAGGUCAAGAUGCAGACCUUUCCCACGAUGUACCGCGGCUUCAUCCACUGCGUCACGGCCACCUACAAGCAGGUCGGCCUGCGCGGCCUCUACCAGGGCACCACGCCGGCGCUGAUGGCCAACAUCGCCGAGAACUCGGUGCUCUUCAUGAGCUACGGCUUCUGCCAGCAGGUGAUCCGCCUCGCCGCCGGCCUGCACCGAGACACCGUGCUGAGCGACAUGCAGAAAGCCUGCGCCGGCUCAGUGGCGUCCAUCUUCUCCUCGUUAGUUCUCUGCCCCACCGAGCUCGUCAAGUGUCGGCUGCAGGCCAUGUACGAGAUGGAGGCGUCCGGGAAGAUCGCCAAGAGCCAGAACACGGUGUGGUCGGUGGUGAAGUCCAUCAUGAGGCACGAGGGUCCGCAGGGCUUCUUCCAGGGCCUGACCACCACCAUCGCCCGAGAAGUGCCCGGGUACUUCUGCUUCUUCGGCGCCUACGAGCUGAGCCGCACCGCCUUCGCCGACUACAUGAAGUGUGACAAAGACGACUUGGGCGUGGCUCCCAUCAUGUUCAGCGGUGGUUUUGGGGGGGCGUGCCUCUGGCUGGUGGUCUACCCGAUGGACUGCGUCAAGUCUCGGAUCCAGGUCAUGUCCAUGACGGGCAAGCAGGGAGGCUUCUUCAAAACCUUCAUGAACAUCGCUCGUACUGAAGGCGUCAGAGCGCUCUACUCCGGACUCACGCCCACUCUGGUCCGCACCUUCCCCGCUAACGGAGCGCUGUUCCUGGGUUACGAGGCGAGCCGGAAGCUCAUGAUGAAGCAGUUUGACUGAUGAACAUGCACAAACGAUAACGAGCUGGAGGUCACCACGGGACCACGCACAUCUCUCCCCUCUGAUUGACACGGUCCAAGUCUUAGUAUUAAUUUAUUUUUUAGAUGUUUAACACUCCAGAAGUGACAUGAAGUCUGACACUCCAGAUGUUUCCUGUCUACCUCAAACAGUCGAAUCGCACAAAACUCUGAAGUCCGUUACUCUCGUUAAAAUCUUAAAAAGCUUGUUUGAAGAUGAUUUUAUUAACGACGCUAACUCAGCCGCCUCAAACGUGCUGUCACGUUUUUAACUCAGCCGGCGACUUCUUCUCAUCCCGUCAUUCCAGUGUUUCAUUCCUCUCCUGUUGGGACCGAGCGUUUGCCUUUUUAAUCACUACACUUUGCCUUUUCUUUUCUUGUCAUGUUGAAAAAUGUCGACCACCUCCUGAUGUGCCAUUUCCACACUCCACAUUCCACGUGCAGAGUCGUCGUCCUUUGACGUUAGCGGAGAAAUAGUGUGGACGUUUAGAGGUGACACUGACGUGUUUGCACAGAUAUUAACCCUGUAACACAACCGACAUUAAAGGUGUCAUUGAAGAACAA